CUCAUUUGCAUUUUGAGUUGUUUGCCUUCUAAGUUAUUAUGAAUGCUGUGCAAAUGGAAAAAAAAACCCCUCAAUCAUCAUUUGAGAAGACAGAGGAAUGAUGACGCCACCUGAUUUAAUUCACUUUUAUAUUCUCCUUGAGGAGAAAAGAUCUCACAAGUACGAGAUAACAGUUUUGUUUUAUCAUAUUUUAUUGCAUGGUUUAUUUUGAUAGUUGUUAUUAAGCUUUUGAGCUUGUAAAGUGAUGCUCACAAAUAAUUCCAGUGUUUGUAGUUGUAAAUCAACCUUUGUUAACCUAUGAAAGAAAAAAUCUGCAUGAAAAAUUCAAGUUUGUGAAUCUGUAGAAAAGAUUUGGAUUUGUAAAAAAAUAAAUAAAUAAAAAUAUGUAAAUGAAAAAAACCUAUGUGAAACACGUCGCUGAAAGUUCCCACACUGUGUGUAACACUGAUGUUAUGAAUUUUGACCCUGUUUUGACAGCUGAAUCUGAUUGGUCAAAGGUAGAGUCAAAUCAACAACUUGAUGCCCUGAAACUCCAAAUGCACGUGCUCGAGAGCCAGCUUGAGAGCACUGAAAGUUUGGAGGAAGUAAGGGAAACUAUGAAAGCAGAAGAAAAGGCUGCAAUGGAAGAAUAUUGCGCCAUGCAACAAAAAUUACAGGAGAUCUGCGAGAGGGCCACAAGAAAUAGCACUAUACACAUGAUGUGUAAUGCUAAGAAAGUAUCAAAGGAGAUGUAUGAGCGUUACAGCGAUACUCUGCGGCAACAAAUUCGAGACCUUGAGCACACGCUGUGUGACAAAGCCGAGGAAGAGCUGAAAGCAGAGAGCGAAGCCAAGAGAGAACAAUAUGAGGCGCUUCAAAAAGAAUUUCAGUGCCUGCAGGAAAAACUCCGAAAAGAAAGACCUUCGGAGGAAAGGUGUGCUGCAAUGAAAGAGGAGACAGAGAUAAUGAAACAGCAAAAUGACGCCAUGCAGAAAGAAAUCCUGGGGCUCAGAGAGAAGCAUGAAAGUGUGAAAGCUUUGGAAGAAUCCUUUAAUGCAGAGAAAGCAGAGAAAGAGGCAAUCAGCCAACAGAACGACACUCUGCGACAGCGCAUCGAGGAGGUAUACACGUACAUCCAGAGUGAAAAUGCUUUGCAUGAAAUGGAAGACGCAAUUAAUGUGUCACUACAAGCCAUAACCCAUCAAAAUGAGAUCCUGUAUCAGGAACUCCAAAAGCUUAACAGUGAGUACAAACAAGCUAAUAUUUGGGGUGUCAUGUGCAGGGAAAAGAUGAGCCACAUAGAAGAUCUGAGCAGAGAAAAUGACGGUUUGAAACAGCAAAUCGAGGUCGUCAGCAGACUUCUCCAGAUCAGAAAAACCGAGAAAGACAAAUAUGAAGAGCUGAAAGCUGCGAAGAAAGUCCUGCAGGCACAAAGUAGAGUCCUAACUAAAACACAUAACGAACUCCACGCAAAGUUUCUAAAGGAAGAAGAAUGGAGUAACAAGCAUGACGCGUUGAGAGAGGAGACGGAAGCCUUGAGGGAAAACAACAACAUAAUGAAUCAAGAAAUUCGGAUUUUCAACGAGCAGCUGGAAAAUCUAAGCGUCCUAAAGGCGAAUUAUAAAUCAAUGAAGGCGGAGAAAAAAGCUCUAACCAGCCAAAACAACAAGCUCGAGAAAAAAAUCCACGAGCUGGAUAAACAGCUCUCAAAGGAACAAGACUUGGAGCAAAAGAUUAAUAUGAUAAAAGGAGAGAACAUCACUCUGAGCCAAGAAAAUCUAACUCUGCAACAGAGGGUUCAGGAACUCUCCGACCACCUCCAAUGAGAAAAAGUUUUUCGACAUCAUGUAUAAGUCGCUUAAGGUGGAGAAAGACGCCAUGAUCCAGCAAAACAACGCCCUUUGAGAAAAGGUUCAGAAGCUGAACAAAAAAAGUGGAAGGAGAGUCGUUUUCGAGGCGGAUCAGACAGCGACGACGGCGGCGAGGGAGAGCAUGAGCAGACAAUACUUGGACCUAAGACAAGAAAUGCAAGAGAUGAACGUAUCCUAAAGGGUUUUAAGAAGAUAUAUGUUUACAUAUAUUUCAGUUUUUUACAAGGGCCACACAGUAUUUUAAUGGUUAAAACUCAGACUCCACACACAAAGGGUUCGAUUCCUUGUUCUGAUCUUUCUUUGUGGAGUCUGAGUUUCCUUCCACAUCUAGAAUGUAUUUAGUGUUCAUUUUGAUAUCACUGUUUAUCAUUUGAUGUCAGACGGCUAAAACGGCUAAAAACCCCACUUAACAUCAUUUUUUCACCUUGAUACUUUAUGAAGUUUCCUAAUGUUAUGAGAAUGGGCUAUAAAUAUGAUUUUCAACGGUUUCAGACGCCCAUUACAAAAAAUUACCUCUGCUUGGGGUUUUAGAGACCCGGCUGUAAAACAGCUAGCAGAAUGCAAAACACGAGGCGCACUACACUGCCUUUUUUGUUGAAGCCCACAAUUACUCCAAGCCUGCUCAUGUUCAUAUCAUGGUAACUUCAGAAAAGUCAUAUAGCUCCCAGUAUCCAGCCAUAGUCACAAUUAGUUUGUCCUCCAUGAUUGUUGUCACCACCACAGAAGGCCACCUCUCAAUUCAUCUGAUCGGACAAUGGGAAAAAAAGGCUACGGAUGUCGGGCGCUUUUCUGCUCUGAGUUGAAGUUUAUUCAACUCGAGGCAUUCAAGGCACUCCUGCAAAAAUGCGAGUUGCUCAGCAACGCAAAAGCAGCAAGCAAAAAGCUUCACUCAUUGAAAACAAUUACACAAAGCUGGGCUGCUAAAUCUGACGGGGACCUUACACAGUACUACACCUCCCGGAUCUCAAAUAAGUAUACAACAGUUCAUACAAGCACCCUUUCUAUAAGUAACAUACAUAGUUUCUGGUGUUGACACCUCUAGAAAAAUAGCUGUGCACGCUUCAGUAUCCUUUGUCUUGACAACUCUUUUUACUUACAACUUUUACAACUCUAAUUCAGGCCCUCUAAUAUGUUUACCACCAGUAAACAUAUUAGAGGGCUAUUAGAUGUUUCCAACAAUUUUCAAACCUAGAGAAAUCCGUAAUUUUAAUCAAG